GGGAUCGCUCGGGCACCCGCGGGGACUCCGCAGCAGCGCCCCAUGGAGCGGCACUGAGGGCCGAGCGGUGCCGCCGGAGCGGCGGGCUGGGGCGGGCGGCGGGAGAGCUUCGUUCGGGGCCGGGGGCGGGCCGGGGCGCGCGAGGCAGCGGCGAUGAGUCUGGUGGGAGGUUUCCCCCACCACCCGGUGGUGCACCAUGAAGGUUACCCCUUCGCCGCCGCCGCUGCCGCCGCCGCCGCCGCCACCCGCUGCGGCCACGAGGAGAACCCCUACUUCCACGGCUGGCUUAUCAGCAGCCACCCGGAGAUGUCCCCCCCCGACUACAGCAUGGCUCUGUCCUACAGCCCCGAGUACGCCAACGGGGCGCCGGGCAUGGACCACUCCCAUUACGGGGGGGUGCCGCCCGGGAGCGGCCCGCCCGGGCUCGGGGGGCCCCGGCCGGUGAAGCGCAGGGGCACGGCGAACCGCAAGGAGCGGCGCAGGACUCAGAGCAUCAACAGCGCCUUCGCGGAGCUGCGCGAGUGCAUCCCCAACGUGCCCGCCGACACCAAGCUCUCCAAGAUCAAAACUCUCCGCCUAGCCACCAGCUACAUCGCCUACCUCAUGGACCUGCUGGCCAAGGACGACCAGAACGGGGAGGCGGAGGCUUUCAAGGCAGAGAUCAAGAAGACGGACGUGAAGGAGGAGAAGAGGAAGAAGGAGCUGAACGAAAUCUUGAAAAGCACAGUUAGCAGCAGCGAUAAGAAAACCAAAGGGCGGACAGGCUGGCCGCAGCACGUCUGGGCGCUGGAGCUCAAGCAGUGAGCGCGGCGGGGGCCCCGCUCGGCGCUCCCCGAGGACUCUCGCGUUCGGAACCAUCCCGCUUAUUUAUGUGCAAUUUCUCCCCCACCCCCCUAAAAUGUGGAUAUUUGAAGGAGAGGGAAAAAGCAUUCCAUAGAUGGCUAUGAAGAGGAAACUCCGUCUUGGUAAGGGGUAAUAACGUCUCUAGUAGUUCCGUGAAUGUUAUUUGCUCUGUAUAAAACCCCCGGGAAAACAGAACGGUAGAGAAGGAGAAAGGGAAAAAAAAAAAAAAAACCCUCCCUGGCAUUAGUGUGUAUGUGAAGUGUAUCUUUAAUACUUGGCCGUUUGGAUAUAAAUAUUCCUGGGAUUAUAAAGUUCUAUUUCAACAGAAGCAGUUGCACCCGCGUUCGGUCGGCUCCGUAUUUCGUGUCGUGAUUUUGUUGUGGUUGUUCGGUAUUCUGAGAUGUUUUCAGCAGUUAUUGGUUAUGUGCACUUCCGUCCAUAAGGGAAAAAGUGGAAUCUAAUUAAUAUUGAAGGUGUAAGCGUUGUAAGUACUCAAUAAACCACUGUGUGUGUUUUUUACAAAAAAAAAAAAAAAAAGAAGGGGGGGAAAGAAACCCAAAUCUUUUUAUGUUUUAUACCUCAAAAUGUUUUGAAUAACAGCAUUGUUUAUGGCUUUUUUUCAUAAUAUUUAAAAUAUUCGGAAGUAAACUAAAUUAUAAAGAUGG